AUGCACCCAAUGGAAAAGCGCGACGCCAAUGAGGAGCCAGGGAAGUACUUGGGAGGUCGGCUGAGAUUUGCGGAGAGGGGAGGUACUCACUGCGAGUUGGCACGGGCUGAUUUUUUGGCCCGAUUUUGGGGAGGGGCGAGGCACCCCUUCAUCUCUCAUUGCCCGGUCCUGGGCUUCAGCGCGUCCACAACUCCUGAGCACGGACCAGUUGGAGGUAUCGGAUACAUGAGUGCCUGGACAGCCGGACUACCUUCCGGCCUUUCUCAGUUCCCCUGGGGGGCUGCAAGGGCCAAACAUACUCCAACCCCCAAUGGGAUCCUUUAUGGGUCGACGUAG